CACAAAUAAGUACAUAUUCUUUUAUAAAGUCAAAGUCAAAAUAAUUUUUAUUAUAAAAUAUGGAAUAUACGUUGGAAACCCGUGAACACCAAGCCGAACUUUCUUUAGGCGGUGGUGCGGAAGAAGAAAACAAUGAACGUGAGUUCCGCGUGCUUUUAAAUGAUAAUCAAAGUCUUAUGAAGCGUUUGGAAGAGUUUAAACGCGCAUGUGAUGAGCAUGAAAAACACGCACGGAAACGUUGUAAACGUCGCUACUAUAAUCUAGGCCUAAUGGCCCGAAUCGUCAUGGAGACAACCGAUGAUGAGCUGAAAAGUUUAUUGAAAAAUGGCGCACGCACAUUUCUCAUAGAUACAGUGACUUGUAAGCGUCUUGAAUUCGAACAGCUACUUUUACGUACUAAAACCAUAAUCGAUGAAUUCCAAGAGCAGGAACCCAGCGUUCGUAUACCGAUUGGCUUGGCGCUACAAUUUCAAGGCGACUGCUGUCGUAUAGGCCGUUUACGCAAUAAUUGCUCAGUGCUUUUACACCGAGGAGACGUUAUGACAUUAACAUUGGAUAAAGCUUACCGAUAUGCCAGUUUUCGAGAAAUUGCUUUCGUUCUGAAUUUGAAGUAUUAUUUCAAAAGUCUUAAGCUUGACGAUGUUCUAGCGAUUGGUAAUGAGGUGAAGGGGAAAGUUGUUAAAAAACUUAAAAGCAAUAUAGCGAUAUUGAUUGAAGAUGCUGGCAUAAUUAAUUCCUAUGAAUAUAUCGAGCUGCCAAAUCAGUGUUAUUCAUUGUCAAAUGAAACCUUUCCUGAUCUGUUUAUGAGUGAUCUGCAAUUGGCAGCACAAUCAAAAGCAGAUUUCAUUGUCUUGCCACGUAUUCGCUGCAAACCUUUUUUACGAGCUCUACGUCGUAAUUUAAAGGACGAGUUUGAAUUUAAAUUAAUUGGUGCAAUUGAUCUUGAAUUCAUUAGUUCGAAAAUGCUCGACUUGAUGGGAAUUGUGAAGUUACUCGAUUACGUUUGGAUACAAGAUAUGUUUUGCAGCGGUGCUUCAUUGCAAAGUCAUAUUUUAAAUGAUUUAAUACCCAUGGCAAAAUGUCUAAAAAAGCCUAUCAUCGGCACAAUACCUUUAGAACGUUGCAGCGAUUUCAAACGUUUCGAAAAUCACGACUUUCUUUGGCGUAUCGAUACAAUGUUUAUACAAAAGAGUACUUGGUGCAAUAAAUAUCCGCUAAUUGUUAAGAAAUUGUUGCCAGUAAAAGAUUUCCACAAAACUGUUGUUGAAAAUUCAAUGGCUCUAAAAAAUAUAAUCACCUCAUAUCAGAGUAUCGUUAACUUCAUAAUACGUACUAUUAGCUCAGUGGAAUGCCAAGCUAUUGUAAUGCACAGCAAGUGUGAGACAGCUGCGGUGGCAUUAGGACGCGUAGAAAUUUACUGCCCGGUACUAAUGAUGUUACCUUUGGAUAGUACGGAUGAAAAGGAGUUUCUGUGCAAGCUAAAAUUAGCAAAGACACUGAAUUUGCGUCGGAAUUUGCGUGGUAUACUCUACACCCAGGAAAUGAACGAGGCUAAUCUAACUCCUGUAGAAUAUGGCAUAGAACAUGGGCGUUGCAGCGGCGUACUAGAAACGGGUGACUUUAUAAUUACGUUAGAGGUUUGUAAAGAAGAUGAAGACGAUGUUCAAUAUGGCAGCAGUGAAGAUGUGGUUAUACUGCGCGCUUUUUAUUUGCCACCAAUGCCCAUUGCCGAAAAAUUUAAAUAUGGCUGAACGGAUCAACAACUACUGCAUACGUAUAUCUUAUUAAAUUCGAGUAAAUUUACAAAAAUUAUUCAUGUAAUAAAUAUGAAUACUUGAAAAGUAUAACACAAUUGAGAAAUAAUUAGUUCA